CUUCAACCUCUCCCGUAAACUCGAGCCUAUCAUAGCUCAAGACCUACUCUUGCGUAAUCACUUGAAUCUAAUGGCACUUCAAAGAGUUUUGGUAACUGGUGGGACUGGAUUCUUGGGCUCAGAGAUCGUGAAAGCGCUCGUCAAAGCAAAAAGCUACGAGGUCACCGCCGUUGACAUCAAUCCCCCUGCUCUGGGCACCUCAACUUUCUCUCACGUCCGCUACGUGAGAGCCAACGUACUUCAUCUGGAAGAGUUGGUGAAGGUGUUUAACGAAGCGAAACCCACUAUUGUUGUUCAUACCGUGGGGGUGUAUACCCUCGGACAUGCACGGUACAGUCGGAAAGGAAAGGAUGCUAUUUUCGCGAUCAAUAUCCGGGGUACGAAGAAUGCGAUUGCGGCGGCGAAAGAGUGUGGGGCCAGGGGAUUCGUGUAUACAUCUUCGAUUGCUGUGCUAGGUGACGAGAUUGAUGCGGAUUUUGCGAAUGUGGAUGAGACGUGGCCCACUGGCAGUGCAACCCUGGUGUACGGGCAGAGUAAGUCUAUUGCAGAAACCUCCGUUCUCUCCUCCAACGCUUCAGAUUUCCUCACUUGCAGUCUCCGCCCUGCAACAAUCUUCGGCCCCAGAGACCCAGCCUGCGUCCCCAUCCUCCACUCCUGCAUAGCAAAAGGCGAAACCCCAUUUGUCAUUGGCACAGGCACCAACCUCUGCGACUUCGCCUACGUCUCCAAUGUCGCAGAUGCACACGUCCUCGCGGUCCGCAACCUCACCACGACCGGCACUGCCGCUGGCCAAGCCAUCUUCAUCACUAACGGUGAGCCUGUCGCUUUCCGGGACUUUUGUAUAGCGGUGUGGAAGGAGUUUGGUCAUGUCCCGCCAUUUCAGGUGAGGAUUCCAGCCGGGUUGGCCUGGUGGCUUGCAGCGAUUGCUGAAGGGGUGGGAUGGGUGGUGGGGAAAGAAGGAUCGUUGUGUAGGGGUGCAGUCAGAGAUGCGACGGCGGUGAGGUAUGUUAGUCUGAAGAAGGCGACUAGAAUUUUGGGAUACGUGCCGAAAGUCAGUUUACCAGAAGCGUUGAAGAUUACUUGUGAGCACUAUAAACGGCAGGUUGGAAGUUAAUGAUAUGAUGCAUCCCCUUUAAUUUCUCG